UCAUGUUCCAGCUGCAGGAGAGUAUUCGCAACUUCGACCUCAGGAACUUCAUCAACAACGACCUCAGCAACUGGCUCGGCAAGAUGGACUUCAAGACGGUGGGCUUCGUGGCUCUGGCUGCGUUGGUCGUCCUUCUGGUCCUGGACCUGUUCACCAAGGGCCCCACCCCCUUCGGCAGGAGCCUGGUGUCCUCUGCGGCCAACGCCUGGGACAGCGUAGGCAAGACGGGGCUCAGUCAGUCCCUCCGCGGCAGCCGGUCGCUGGAGCCCGUGGUGACUAUCCUAGACGCUCUGGCGGAGGCGGCGAAGAAGUGGGAGGCGCCGGAGGACAGACUGGUCAGAAAUCGAGCCUUCUGAGACGCCAAGAAGUUGAUACUGGAUUAGCAUUUUGAUAUUGGUCUAAUCGGGAGAAGCAGAGUACAAUUUCCUUAGAAGCGUUUGUUUGCAGGCAAGCAAGCUAGGUUGUUUUCAACCAAUAUAGACGUAUUGUUUAUUCUAUUUAUAUCUUGAUUGUUCAUAUUUAUGUUGUCAUUUCUUAAUUGUUUUGUAUAAUGUUAUCAUGACAUUUAUUCCGUUCUCUCUUUCUUGUUAAUCACAUUCAUUACGAAUGGACAAUAAAGAAAAGUAAAAUAGAA